CUUUUAUUAGUAUAUAUUUAUUUGUAAAUAGGGAGGGAGUUAAUGACUGACAGUGCAUAGCCAAAAAGAGAGACAUCUCCACGAGCAGACGCCAUUGUGGGGUUGGGUGCACGAACUUUGGCAAGCUUUUUCACUAAGGGACGCUGAAAGGAAGGAAGGAUUGCUCUUUGGAAAUCUCUUCUGCGAAAUCCCAGCUCCCAAAUCAGGUUGUCAUACUGAUGACAAGGGUUUAAGCUCCGCCAGAACGAGAGAAACUACUGCAAGAAAUGGGAAGCUAGCCUAGCUUAGGUGUGGAUUCUUUGGGGGAUAGAAAAAAAAAAUCCCUUCUUCAACAGCAGUUGAAUGGUGCCAACCCAGAAGAGCCUUUCGGCUGAACGAACCCAACAGAGGAACAAGCAAUUUCGGUUUGUGGAGCGGAAGAAAGGAAAGAAAUCGCUCUCACUCAUUCAGAUAGUGUAAGAUUGGCGCGUAAGCAAGCAAAUUGGAUUUCCGUCACUUUGAAGCUUGAAUCGUUGGAGGUCUCAGAUUCUUCUUGGGCUUGUUUCUUCUUCCCAACAAUUUCCCACCAGUCAAAUCAGAGUCCAUUUCUUCUAAUGGUAUUGGUUCACCUGUCUCUCUCUCUCUCUCUUCCCCCUUUUAAUAUUCAACAAUUGCUAAGCUAAGCUGGUCAAGCAAAAGAUUGUGUGAAUUUUGUUAGUUGAGGCCUGCAAAAGAUUGAAAUUUGCGGAAACUAGUUGCAUCAGCAGAUAAUGGAUGGGUACUGUAUACUAAUUUUCACAAUUUCGAGGAGUGUGAUGUAGACAUGUAGAAGGAAAGCGAGAAAGAGUGAAAGAGACGUACGUAAAGUAGGAAGCGGUAGCUGAGUUAUUAAAGGAGAAAGCGGGGCGGCUUGGCAAGCAAAGCAGGGUUUGCUCUAUGUGUGCGUGUGGACAAAUCUGUAAGGGAAGGGAGAAAUGGAAGGUAUAUAAUUAGGAAGGAUGCAGGGCAUGUGUUGGUGAUUUAAAACGGCAAUGUGUUAGUGUUGUGUGGGGCAUCAUUUCUUGUGAGGUGGGGAUUUCUUCAACACUUCUGCUAAUGUAACUGGCCCUCCUUGCUUCCAGUUCACGUGAUUGUGCCUUGUUCCUGUCUCUAGCUUCCACACUGUAUUUGUCCUGCGACUGUACAAAUUCUCUUCGGGUUCCUCGUUUCCCCUCCUCUGUCCUCUCCCUGUGUUCAGCGUCUGUUUUGAUUCUUUCCAAUGGGGUGAUGUUGGGAAGACAUACGUUACAACUGGGGUUAUAGAUCUGCUGCUGCUACUGCUGAGUAAGUUUAAUUCUUCAAAACCCAGCUCAUGUCUCAGCUGGAUCGUCUCAGAGUAGGAGCCAUGGAUUUCGGCUUCUCCAAGAUGUCACCGUCUCCAAAGAAGGAUUCUUGGAAGACACUGUUGUUGUUGGCUUAUCAGAGUCUUGGCGUAGUCUACGGGGACCUUAGCAUAUCUCCACUAUAUGUGUACAAGAGUACAUUUGCAGAGGACAUCAAGCAUUCAGAAAGCAAUGAUGAGAUUUAUGGGGUUCUGUCAUUCGUGUUCUGGACACUCACUUUGGUCCCGUUGUUCAAAUAUGUGUUCAUUGUCCUCAGAGCUGAUGAUAAUGGGGAGGGUGGUACUUUUGCAUUGUAUUCGUUGAUCUGUCGGCAUGCCAAAGUUAGCCUUCUGCCCAAUAGGCAGGUUUCAGAUGAAUCACUAUCCACAUAUAUCACAGAACAUCCUCCCGAGAGGCAAAGCUUUUCCUCAAAGACAUACCUUGAGAAACACAAGGGCUUGCACACUGCACUGUUGGUAUUGGUUCUUCUGGGCACUUGUAUGGUUAUUGGGGAUGGACUUCUCACUCCAGCUAUUUCAGUUUUCACUGCUGUGUCCGGACUUGAACUAUCCAUGGAGAAGCAUCAGUAUGCAGUUAUUCCAAUUACUUGCUUCACAUUGGUGUGCCUUUUCUCACUCCAACAUUAUGGCACUCAUCGUGUGGGUUUCUUAUUUGCACCAAUCAUCGUAUUGUGGCUAAUCUGCAUCACAGCACUUGGCAUCUAUAACAUUCUGUACUGGAACGUCCAUGUCUAUCAAGCUCUUUCCCCAUAUUACAUGUACAAGUUCUUGAAGAAAACAAAGAAAUCGGGGUGGAUGUCUCUUGGUGGGAUAUUAUUGUGCAUAACAGGAUCGGAGGCAAUGUUUGCUGAUCUUGGGCACUUCUCAUACACUGCAAUUCAGAUUGCCUUCACUUUUCUGGUUUAUCCAGCACUUAUAGUGGCAUACAUGGGUCAAGCUGCGUAUUUAUCACAACAUCAUGGGACAGACAUUAGCUUUUAUAUUUUUGUUCCUGAAAAACUCAGACUACCAGUGCUCAUACUCGCCAUUCUUGCUUCUGUUGUGGGAAGCCAAGCUAUCAUCAGUGGGACGUUCUCUAUCAUAAACCAGAGCCAGUCACUAAGCUGUUUUCCCAGAGUGAAGGUGGUGCACACUUCUGAUAAGAUCCAUGGCCAGAUUUAUAUCCCUGAGAUCAAUUGGAUGCUGAUGAUCCUCUGCAUUGCGGUAACCAUCGGCUUUAGAGACACCAAACACAUUGGAAAUGCAUCUGGAUUAGCGGUGAUGACAGUGAUGCUGGUGACCACUUGUCUAACUGCCUUGGUUAUCGUGCUGUGCUGGCACAAGCCACCAAUUCUAGCAGUCGCCUUCCUGCUAGUAUUCGGCUCCAUCGAGUUACUGUACUUCUCAGCUUCACUGACAAAGUUCAGAGAAGGUGCCUGGCUCCCCAUCCUACUGGCCCUCAUCCUAGUCAGCAUCAUGCUGAUCUGGCAUUAUGCCACCAUCAAAAAGUACGAGUAUGACCUUCACAAUAAGGUAUCUUUGGAUUGGCUUUUAGCUCUAGGUCCGAGCUUGGGAGUUGCUCGAGUGCCUGGAAUUGGAUUAGUCUUCAGUGAUCUCACCUCAGGCAUACCGGCUAACUUCUCUCGCUUCGUAACAAACCUCCCCGCCUACCACCGCAUCCUUGUCUUCGUUUGUGUAAAAUCGGUGACUGUCCCUCACGUUCCUCCGGCAGAGAGGUACCUAGUAGGGCGUGUGGGUCCACCCGAGCAUCGUUCUUACAGGUGCAUUGUCCGUUAUGGGUACCGUGACGUUCACCAGGAUGUCGAUUCGUUCGAGACGGAGCUUGUUGCCAAGCUGGUUGACUUUGUUAGAUACGACUGGCAUAGAGCAAAUGUGCAGUGUUCCUCCCCAACGACGACUAUUACAGAUGACGACGCAGCUCGGUCUGUGGCGUCCUCGGGGGAGUGCAGAUUGACUGUGAUAGGGACCAUGUCGUUUGCUGGAAACCCAGCUUACGAGGUGGAUGACACGGUGCAGGCUGUGAGUGUCUCUGUAGGUGGCAGAACGGUAGACAGUUUGAGUGAUGUGAUAGAGAUGGAAGCAGUGGAGAGAGGAGCGAGGAGGGUGAGGUUUGCUGUUGAUGAUGAUGAUGAGUCUGAAACUCAUCAGACAGAAAUGGGUGGCAAUGACGUUGAGGUGGACGAGGAGUUGAGGGAUCUGCUGUCUGCACAGGAGGCAGGCACUGCAUUCAUACUGGGACACUCUCAUGUCCGGGCGAAACAAGGGUCGUCGAUUUGGAAGAAGUUGGCAAUCGAUUUCGGGUACAAUUUCCUGAGGAGGAACUGCCGGGGACCGGAUGUGGCGCUGAAAGUGCCGCCGGUCUCGCUUUUGGAAGUGGGGAUGGUGUAUGUUGUAUGAGGAGAAGACGUAUACGUGUUUUUCAGUGGGAAAAUACAGGUUGUGAGUUUAACCAAUCAGCUAGCUUGUUGUAAACGAACUGACCCUUUGGGGUAUAGAAAAUGGAGUGUGCAGCUUUGAGUAGCUGUGUGUGUUUUCCCCCCCUGUUAAAUUGGAAAAAGAAGCUAGCAGUGGUAGCUUUUUUGAUAUGAUAGUGAUGGAGGUCGUUUCCUUGUGGCUUGUGGGGAUUCUGAGCGUAUUUUGCAGUGUACAUAGCUUGGUACAUGCUCUAAUUUUUGUGAAAUCGCACCCAAGGCUAUAUUGGAAAAAUUCGCGGUAGAGUAUUUUGUAUUUAAGAAUUGUGAAAUUGCACGGGAGGUUAUAUCGGAGAAGUUCACGAUAGAGUAUUUUUGUAUUAUAUUAAAAUUUAA